AUGGGUCCAUUUCUUGGGAAAAUGCUUAGGACGGUUCUCCUGUUCUUUUCUUUGUCGUCCAUUCGGGGAGGUAUUUCCGAAGAUGCAUGGACCUGUCGCAAGGAUUACUCGCGUCCAUGCGCAGAGGGGUGGCACCAGGUGAACGCCUCCCGGGAGUGCGUUGCGCCGUUAUCCUACCGAGGGCCCUGUCCUCGUUUCCUCCAAAUGGAAAACAAAACAACAAAGAAAAGGUUGCUCGAAGGGGAGUGCCGUAUUUUCUGGCCGUGCCUAGACCAGUGCGAAAGGAACUACUCUCUCCAGUGCCCCGAACAGUGGGCGCCCGAGGAUGAAAAGACGUGUCGACCCUUGGCCAUUUAUGAAGGAACGUGUCUUCCGUCCCACGAUUUUUCCAAUAUGACUGAUGCCCAAAAGGAAAUUUGGAGCAACAAGUGCGAAACGGACUGGCCAUGCAUGGCGUCGUGCAAGAAGGAUUAUUCUAGAGGAUGUCCCCAAGGAUGGACCAAAGAGAAGGAUGGGAGCUGCUACGCCCCCGUCAAAUACUCCGGACCAUGUCUCUCCCGGAUGUCUUUAUUGAAUGUGGACGAAGAUAUGAAGGUGGCACUUGAAAAGUUGUGUAACGUUAGUUUUCCAUGUGUAGAGACCUGCGACCUGGAUAUGAACGACCCCUGUCCUACCGGAUGGUUCGUAAAAUCGGAUGCCUUCGGAAAUGCUCUGGCAUGUCUGCCCCCAGAUAACUACAGGGGUCCAUGUGGGGAGGAGACCAAACUGAUAGGCCUCACUAACUUGAAGUCGAAAAAGCGCAUGGCAUAUGAGUGUGCAGUCAAGUGGCCCUGUUCUUCAGUUGCCAAUUUGAUCAACUACGAGCAAUUCUGCCCGGAUGGAUGGACGAAGAGCGAACAGUACUGUGUUGCCCCCCACAAUUAUGUGGGUCCAUGUGCGAAGAAAAAAUUAUUUGCAACAUUCGAAAGGGGAAUGAAAAAGGCUUACGCUGAAGAGUGUGAUGUUGAAUGGCCCCUACUAGGGAAGGAAGCGCCUGUCUCAUACCGGAGAGGAUCGGCCCUACGGAAGAGAAAAUAUAACAUUGGUCCCGUUGAACCAUUCACGGGGGCCAUAAUUUCCGGCACUGUGAAGUGA